CAGCAGUCUAUUUAGGACCGAGUCCUCCUCCCUGAGACUGCGUUCAGAGUGUUGAGGCGCUUCUCCGGAUAAUUCAGUGUAAAUCACGUGUGUGUUUCUGUGCAGUGGUGAAUUUUUUAAAUAAAUUCGUAAUAAUUACAAAAAUGCCAUUUCAAUACCCAAACGUGUAUCGAGAUGAAGCCGUGGUGGACGAUUACCACGGAUACAAGGUUCCUGACCCCUACAGCUGGCUGGAGGAUCCGGACAGCGAGAAAACACAGGCGUUUGUGAACGAGCAGAACCAGCUGACUCUGCCCUUCCUGGAGGAGUGUCCAAUCAGAGAGGUUUUUAAAGAGCGCAUGACCGAGCUCUAUGAUUACCCGAAAUACAGCUGCCCCUUUAAGCGGGGUAACAGAUAUUUUCACUUCUACAAUACGGGUUUGCAGAACCAAAGCGUUCUCUACGUACAGGAGAACCUGGAGGCAGAACCCAGGGUGUUCCUCGAUCCCAAUACAUUCUCCGAUGAUGGGACCGUAGCGCUACAAGGUUACGCAUUUUCGGAGGAUGGCGAGCACCUGGCGUACGGUGUGAGCGCGAGUGGCUCCGAUUGGGUGGAGCUCCGGUUCCUGCGUGUCGAAGGAGCUGUGGUUCUGGAGGAUCGCUUGGAGAGGGUGAAGUUCAGCUGCAUGGCCUGGACUCAUGACGGAAAAGGACUCUUUUACAACUCUUAUCCCGAGCAGGAAGGAAAGAGUGAUGGUACGGAGACGUCCACUAACCUGAAUCAGAAGCUGUACUAUCACGUGUUGGGGACUCCACAGUCCCAGGAUAUUUUAUGUGCUGAAUUCCCCAAACAGCCCAAGUGGAUGAGUGGAGCUGAGGUUUCCGAUGAUGGGCAGUACGUGUUGUUGUCUAUCAGAGAAGGGUGUGACCCAGUGAACAGGCUGUGGUACUGUGAUCUCAACACCAUCUCAGGCAGCAUCACAGGGAUGUUGCCGUGGGUGAAGCUAAUUGACAACUUUGAUGCCGAGUACGAAUAUGUGACGAACGAGGGAACUGUGUUUACCUUCAAAACAAACCUGGAUGCUCCGCGGUACCGUCUCAUCAACGUGGAUUUCACUCAGCCAGCACCCAGUCAGUGGAAGGAGCUCAUUCCACAGCAUGACAAAGAUGUCCUCGUGUUUGCUACAUGCACAUACUCCAGCUUCUUGUGUGUGUGCUACCUCCACGAUGUGAAGAGUGUGCUGAAGAUGUAUCAUCUGGAGUCAGGAGAAGAGCUGAAGACCUUCCCGCUGGAGGUGGGCUCCAUCAUGGGCUUCACUGGCCGAAAGAAGGACUCUGAGAUCUUCUACUACUUCACUUCUUUUCUCUCUCCAGCCAUCAUCUACCACUGUGACCUCACCAAAACUCCUCUACAGCCACACGUCUUCAGGGAGGUGAAAGUGAAAGGCUUUGACCCGACAGAGUACCAGACUACACAGGUGUUCUACCCCAGUACAGAUGGAACACAGAUCCCCAUGUUCAUUGUGCACAAGAAGGACCUCCAGCUGGACGGGUCACACCCGACCUUCCUCUAUGGCUACGGAGGUUUCAACAUCUCAAUCACACCCAGCUACAGUGUUUCCAGACUCAUUUUUGUAAGGCAUCUGGGAGGAGUUUUAGUCGUGGCCAACAUCAGAGGAGGAGGGGAGUACGGGGAAACGUGGCACAAAGCGGGGAUGUUGGAGAACAAGCAGAACUGUUUCACUGACUUUCAGUGUGCAGCAGAGUAUCUAAUAAAGGAGGGCUACACCUCCUCAAACAAACUCACCAUCAAUGGAGGCUCCAACGGAGGCCUGUUAGUGGGGGCAUGUGUGAAUCAGAGGCCAGACCUAUUCGGCUGUGCAGUAGCUCAGGUUGGUGUGAUGGACAUGCUCAAGUUCCACAAGUUUACCAUUGGCCACGCCUGGACCACCGACUUCGGCUGUUCUGAGAUUAAAGAGCAGUUUAACUGGCUCAUCAAGGUACUCCCUCUGCACAACAUCCGGAUCCCUGAGGGAGACAGUGUGCAGUAUCCAGCCAUGCUGUUGUUGACUGGUGACCAUGACGACCGUGUGGUGCCUCUGCACUCUCUGAAGUACAUUGCCACUCUGCAGCAUGUGAUUGGACGCUGGCCCAGCCAAUCAAACCCUCUCUUUAUCUAUGUAGACACAAAGUCGGGCCACGGGGCAGGAAAACCCACCAGCAAGGUGAUUCAGGAAGUGGCAGAUACCUACGCCUUCAUCGCCCGCUGCCUGGACCUUCACUGGAUCAAUUAACAGCUUUCUCUAUCCCUUCAUUCCUUACAUUCUCCCUUUCUCUUCUCCAUCUGCUGCCCUCCAUUUUCUUGCUCCCACAUCACUUCUUUCUCUAUUUGUAUUCAAAUACACAUUUAUCUCACCCUUCUUUCUCUCCUCUCCUGCUUUUAAAUCUGCCAGUGUAAUUAGUACACGCUCUCAUUCUCUUUCAUUCUUCCUUCAUCCCGCUUUGUUUCAAUCUCUCUAUCAUUUUACUGUUUUGCCUCGUUCCACACUUCUUUUAAUCAUGUACAGUAACUCCUCAGUAAGCAGUAAUGGUUCCCUCUCUCUCACUGACGUUUCUCUCGACUCUCAAGACCCCUCGAACACUGUACAGACUCUUUAUUUAUUACCACAUUCAAUACAAGAACAUUUUUAAUAAUAAUUAACCGCUCAGUAUACACCCCCGUGUGAGAGUGUGAGAGUGUGAGAGUGUGAGAGUGUGAGAGUGUGAGAGUGUGAGAGUGUGAGAGUGUGAGAGUGUGAGAGUGUGAGAGUGUGAGAGUGUGAGAGUGUGGGAGAGUAUUAAGGUGUCAUACAUUCAUAUAUAUGAAUAUUUCACUGGCUGCUUCUACCUCCAGACUUAUGCAGAUUGAUUGUUUUUAACCUUUUAAAGGGGAAAUGUCAGCAUUACAUUAAAUAAAGGACUGGUUUAAUAAACACGA